AGAACUUCAGUCCCCAUGUUGAAACUCGUCGGUGGCUGUGGCGGGCAGGACUGGGCAUGCUCAGUAGCAGGUCCAGGUCUGGGAGGCGAGGAAGCCGCGUUUGAAGUCGCGGGGCCCGGGGGUCCAGGGGAGGCGGGCUGCGGGGGCCCCGGCUGGGGGUGCGCGGGGAUCCCGAGCUCUGCGCCCGGAGCGGACAUGCUCCAGGCCGGGGCGGCGGGGCCGGCGCGUGGGGGCCAGGGCGCGGAGGAGGCGGGGGAGCCGGUAGGAGGAGGGGAGGAGCGCCCGGCUCGCCAUUCCCCGGCGCCCGCUCUGCGGCUGCUGAAUCGGAAGCCGCAGGGAGGAUCCGGGCAAAUAAAGACGCCCGAGAAUGACCUCCAGCUAGGCCGCCUGAGCCGGGGCCCGCGCGCUGCCCCACCGGCCUCCGGCAUGGGCGACCGGGGCAGGCAGCCGGAGCGCUCGGCACCGCACGCCCCGGGAGCCCCCGCGGACGCCGGCGCUGGCGCGGUGAACGGGCUGCUGCACAACGGCUUCCACCCACCGCGCCUCUGCAGCCGAGGCCCCGCGAGCGGCGGCGACACUGCGCCCCCGCGCCUCCCGCUCCUGCCCGAGCUCCAGCCGCAGCCGCCGCCCCCUCUGCACGACUCCCCGGCCAAGAAAUGCCGGCUGCGGAGGAGGAUGGACUCGGGGAAGAAGAACAGGCCGCCCUUCCCGUGGUUCGGCAUGGAUAUCGGUGGAACGCUGGUUAAACUGGUCUACUUUGAACCGAAGGAUAUCACAGCUGAAGAGGAACAGGAGGAAGUGGAGAACCUGAAGAGCAUCAGGAAGUAUUUGACUUCUAACACUGCUUAUGGGAAAACGGGCAUCCGAGACGUCCACCUGGAACUGAAGAACUUGACCAUGUGUGGUCGCAAAGGGAACCUGCACUUCAUCCGCUUCCCCAGCUGCGCUAUGCACAGGUUCAUCCAGAUGGGCAGCGAGAAGAACUUCUCCAGCCUUCACACUACACUCUGUGCCACGGGAGGCGGGGCUUUCAAGUUUGAGGAGGACUUCAGAAUGGUAGGUCGGGCUUGUCCUUGCCAAAACAGCAAAACCCCCUGUGAGAGAAGGAAGGAGUGUGUCUCCCGCCCGUUCCCUAACUAUGAGCCUCCUACGGAGGAGCUGGCCGAUUCGCUGGGGGCUCUCGUUACUUCACCUUCCUUGCCUGCGUCUAUACAAACAGUUUCUUCCUCAAGGGAUUGUUACAUGAAGGAUGUUAACCUAGUCCCAGGACUGGCUGUUGAAGUUGGUACUUUUCCGUUUGGGUUGUUCCAGGAGGUCAUAACUUUGCCUGUGCCAUUUAACAAAUGUUUGCUAAGCAACUAUGACAGACAGGACUUUGAGCAUGCUGCUGCAGGGCACCCAGUGAACCAGAAUGUAACUAACGCUGGUGUGAGCAUUCUAGCAGUGUACUCCAAGGACAACUAUAAAAGAGUUACAGGGACCAGUCUUGGAGGUGGAACAUUCCUAGGCCUAUGUUGCUUGCUGACUGGUUGUGAGACCUUUGAAGAAGCUCUGGAAAUGGCAGCUAAAGGCGACAGCACCAAUGUUGAUAAGCUGGUGAAGGACAUUUACGGAGGAGACUAUGAACGAUUUGGCCUUCAAGGAUCUGCUGUAGCAUCAAGCUUUGGCAACAUGAUGAGUAAGGAAAAGCGAGAUUCCAUCAGCAAGGAAGACCUCGCCCGAGCCACACUGGUCACCAUCACCAACAACAUCGGCUCCAUUGCUCGGAUGUGUGCACUGAAUGAGAAUAUUGACAGAGUUGUGUUUGUUGGGAAUUUUCUCAGAAUCAAUAUGGUCUCCAUGAAGCUGCUAGCAUAUGCCAUGGAUUUUUGGUCCAAAGGACAGCUAAAAGCUCUGUUUUUGGAACAUGAGGGUUAUUUUGGAGCAGUUGGGGCACUGUUGGAACUGUUCAAAAUGACUGAUGAGCAGUAGAGAUGGAACAGCCUUCUAUGAGAACAGAAAACUAGGAACAGCCGCUGGAGAAAGUGAAAGCUCCUUUGGGACGGAAGCCAAGCCAUUAUGGCAGAUGAACCUGCUGGAUUUGUAAAUAAUUAAAAAUCCUUUUAGCUGAUCUUUUACCCUGGGGUUUUAAGCUUAUGAUUCAAAAUGGGGAAUACAAGAGUUUUUUCUGUAUACUGUAUUUUUAAAAAAAAAACGUUUUGUGCAGUGUGGCCAAACCUACCAAUUUUAUGCAUUAACAUUGGAAAGUUGUAUGAUGUUUAAGAAGGACCUGAAAUGUAAGUGCUGUUUAUUUUUCUUCUGGGGUUUACUGAUCAGUGUGGUAAUUUUAACUUCAUUUAGUAAUUACUCUAGGAGAUUUUACCUUUACUUAUACUUUUCAUGACGUUUCAUGAUUUGCUGUUGGUUUCAAAUGAAACUACAAAUCUGGCAUGUUUUACUGUGAACACUAUUUUGUUUGUUUAUCCUUUUCUGUCUUGGUUUUUUUUCUGUCUGAAUGUCUUAUGGAUAAAGAGAGUCCUUCCCCCUGUUUUUGUCCUCAGAUAACAAGCCGUCCACCCCAAUAACUUUCUUUAAUGGAAUUUUUCCUAUUUACCAAGGUGCUGACCAACUCAAUGCAAAGUUAAGCGUGAGAUCUAAAGCUCUCAAAAGCUCUGUGAAGAGAAAACUCUGAAGGUGUUUGUGAAUUUUAAGUCUUGCAAAAGUUGAAAAUUAUAUGCAAAUUUGUCUUAACCCUUAUGAAUAUACCCUGCUUUCUUGGGUUUAUUUUAUGUUAGGUUGCAUUAAAUUGGAAUGUUCUAUCAUGAAAUGUCCUCAUCCACGCACAGCAUAUAAAUGGCAGCAAAUCUGUGCAGGACUUUGGAACAUGCAGGGCAGUCUCCCAGUAGAUUAACUGUUCAUAUUGGGAGAUUUAGGAAAAAUCAUGGGUUGAAGUGUCAUAUAGUCAUAUCUAUUUGUUCUGUACAUGUAUGUACCUAGAAGUUUUGUAAGAAGGCAUCUUGAACAAUAAAGCUUUUUCAUUUGGAAGAUUUUUAACUGAGAACAAUUUCGAUCCCAGUUUCUAAAAUUAAAAAAAAAUUAUGAUAUUGAUCUAUCUAUCUAUAUAUAUAUAUAUUUUUUUCUUUUUGAGAAGCAUCAUUGGGACCGAUGGGUAACUUUCAAAUGACAGUCUUGCACAAAUAUCGAAACGCAUGAGAUCUAAUGAUUUAGAACUAAUUAAUCUUUUGAGUUGAGCAUAUUGUUGAUAUUUUUGAAGGGCAGAACAAUUGCUCCAUGAGGAAUCUUUCCCUCUCUGCCUUAUGAGCACCACCUUUGAGUUCCGUAUCUUCACGUCUUGAAGAAGUUGAUGUAAUUGAAGUAUUCACUUCGUCUGGUUGAAAUAAAGCCUGUUUCUGUUGUGAUGUU